AUGGUCAUAAUAGAGGCCGAGGUCUCGGAAGUUGGCUCUUCAUCUCAAGCUCAGUCGAACGCAACACGCCUCUAUGUUGUCUCAUCCAUUUUAAUUCCUAUCGCCAUAAUUUCCACUGGUAUCCGGAUCUGGGCUGAGCUCCGCCACCACCGAAAGCGCUUGGCACCGGAUGAUUUUCUCAUCGUUUGGUCCACGCUGGUCAGCGUGGUAUACUGUGCGGUAGUCCUACAAGAGCCACGAUACGGGCUUGGAAGACCGAUUGAAACUGUGUCGGCGGAAGAUAGAAAGCACAUGUUGAAAUAUGGUUAUGUGGCCACAGCCAUUUAUAUCAUCGCCACCGCCAGCACCAAGCUCUCUGUCCUAUCGCUGUAUCACCGGGCAUUCCCCUCGAUUAAAUUCCAGCGAAUGUGCCUGGCAACAGCAGUAAUUGUGAUUAUGUGGCUCUUGGGUUCCUUACUUCUACAAGCACUUAUCUGCAGGCCCAUCCGGAAACUGUGGGAGCCUACUACACCAGGCCGAUGCGCCGACACAAUGGUGCAAAAUUACUUCUACACUGUCAGCAUUCUUGCGCUUGACUUAUGGAUAUUUGCACUCCCCCUGCCGCUCAUCCUCCGGAUGCGCAUGAUCACAACAAGGAAGAAGAUCGGCCUUGGUUGUCUGUUUUCCAUCGGACUGGGCACCUGCCUCAUCGUGGCUCUGAGAGUAGUGUUCAUACCAACUGAUCCGAGGAUGUUUUGUCAGUAUAUUCCUGCUUCUCCCUGGCGAUCAACCACACACCUAACCACGCUCCCAGCAAACGCCACUGUCUUCGUCAUCCUCACAACAUGGGAGCCAGUCGGUGGAAUUCUGUGCGCUAACCUGCCGCUCAUCUAUAAACCCGUUGCGGAUGCCUUUCGUCGCAUCAUGGGCACGUCUCGAUGCAGUCCGGGCGACGAUUCACCGCAGGGGGGCCCGCAUAGCUGGUAUCAGCUGCAUAGGAUCGUGAAGCAGAGGGCGAGGAACGCGCGGCUGGGACUAUCGACUCUAUCGUCGGAGAGCUACAGCGAGCAUGCAGUGUAUUCGGAGCCUAUGGAUCUCGGCGGGGCUUUGGUGGAAAGACGCUUGGAGCGUACUGUCUCUACUCGGGCGAAAGAGGAACAGCGGCAGGCGGGGCCUGAUAUCUAG